AUGAUUUUACGAGUAUGUACGUAUUUAUGCAUGAAUCAUUCUAAUAUCGGUAAAACUGUAAAUCUAAUUUUUCGAAAUGUAUCCAAAAGUUCCAUACUUAUGAAUAAAACGCCAAAUACUAACAUUACAGAAAGUCGUUUAUCAAAUAGCGAUGCAAGUAAUAAUAUAGAUCACUCUAAAAUACUAACAAGAAAUGUGAAAAGUGAUGAAAAUAUUGAAACCAACAGUAAUAUCACAAAAGUGCAGAGUGAAUUAAUACAAUCACAUGAUAUUAAGUUCUCAGAAAACGAUAUCUAUAAUUUAAAUGAUGUAAGCGAACCAGGACCAUUUGACCAUUGUGAUGAAGACCUGUCGCACAUUGGACCUAAUAUAACACCGACUUAUAAUUUUGCAAAAUUUGCAAACGAGUCUAAUACAAUUCGACAGUUAGUAAAUCUAGGAGUUGAAUUGUACAAGUUAGAAGCAAAUAGGGAAGUACUAGAAAUGUUUUUAAGUCUUGAUUUUGACACAGAUAUGAAACCAUACAUACAAUUUUUACAUGAUUGCGGUGUACAUUCUGAAAAUCUUGGACAUUUUAUCACCAGAAAUCCAAUGAUUUUUAAAGAAGAUAUAGAUGAUCUUCAUACAAGAAUAAGAUAUUUAAGAGCUCAUAAUUUUAGUGUAGAUAUGAUACAACAGAUAGUAAAUAAACAUCCUCCUUGGUUAUCUUUUAAAACAAAAGAAAUAGAUUGGAGACUAGGAUAUUUUCAACAUACAUUUAAACUCAGUGGUGUACAAAUAAAAGGUGUAUCUACAAAGUGUCCAAAAUUAAUAACAUAUGAUAUGAAACGAAUAAGAAGAAGCACUUUUGCUGUAACGAAACAAAUGGGUUUCAAUACAUUUGAAACAAGGCUUAUUUUGUUAAAUGCUCCACGUGUAUGGAUUCGAGCUAAGACAGAAGUGGUUAAAACUUUUGAUUAUCUUCAUAAUGAUAUGAAGUUAUCACAUGAUAUUAUAAGUCAUAAUGCAAAAGUUCUACAAUGUAGAAAAAGCAGAUUAGAGAGAAGACAUCGGUUUUUAGUAGAAUUAAAAAGAAAUCAGUAUGACCCUACAAAGCCAUUAUAUGUAUCUCCAUUAAAUCUAGUCAUAGGUAGUGAUAUUGAUUUUUGUGACAAAAUUGCCAAAAGUUCUUUAGAUAUUUAUAAUAAUUUUAUAAAAUCUUUGUAA